UUCUUUCUCAAUGAAAAUAAAUUUACUUUUUUAGCAAUAUGACUUAUCUUUCCAAGAAAUAAUUAUUCUUCGAUUGAAGGUGGCACUUUUCUUUACAAGAUAACCACUUCCCUGAUAAAUCAUUCUUCUUUGCCUUUUAAACUUCUAUUCUACAAAAAAUCAUAUGAAUUUUUGUCCAAAAGUUGAAAUUAUAUCUCAAAGAUUCAAACUUUUAUCUGUGUUUUGCUUAGAUACCCCUGAAACAUAUUCCCUUUCUCCAAAUUUAACUUUCCCAUCUUCUUAUCUGUGUCUUAUGUAUGAAAGCCUCAACCUUUUCAACAGAUACAAUUUACAAGAGCUCUUGAAGAAAACCCUUUUAAUUUCUAGUUCAAAUCUUUGUCUUGAUCUUAAAAAAUGGGUUGUAUUGGCAGCAAAGAAAGAGUUCCACAACCAGAUAUUAAUGGUCAAAGAUCAGGCACUGGUUAUUCAAGUCAUCACACAGCUGCUCCUAGACAAACCCAUCAAACUUAUCAGCAGCAGCAACAACAACAUCAUGUUGCUCAGCCUCGAAGAGUUCCAGUCCCUCAAGCUCAAACCACUCCACAAACAAUUGCAGGAACUAACACUAGGGAAGUUAAUGGGCCAGAAACAAUACUAGGUAAGCCUUUUGAUGACAUUAAACAGUUCUAUACGUUAGGUAAAGAACUGGGUAGAGGCCAGUUUGGGAUCACAUACUUGUGCACUGAGAAUUCAACUGGCCACUCUUAUGCCUGCAAGUCAAUACUGAAGAGAAAACUUAAGAGCAGGCAAGAUAGGGAGGACAUAAAGAGGGAGAUACUUAUAUUGCAACAUUUGUCUGGGCAACAAAAUAUAGUUGAAUUUAGGGGUGCUUUUGAGGACAGGCAAUCAGUGCAUCUUGUGAUGGAGUUGUGCUCUGGUGGUGAGCUUUUUGAUAAAAUUAUUGCUCAGGGUCAUUAUACCGAGAGAGCAGCUGCUGCUAUUUGUAGGGCUAUAAUGAAUGUGGUGCAUAUUUGCCAUUUUAUGGGUGUGAUGCAUCGUGAUCUUAAGCCUGAGAAUUUCUUGUUGUCCAGCAAGGGUGAGGACGCUAUGCUGAAGGCAACAGAUUUUGGACUGUCUGUAUUCAUAGAGGAAGGGAAAGUUUAUCAUGAUAUAGUAGGCAGUGCUUACUAUGUUGCUCCUGAAGUUCUACGGCGUAGUUACGGGAAGGAAAUAGACAUUUGGAGUGCAGGAGUUGUUCUGUAUAUUCUACUUAGUGGUGUACCUCCAUUUUGGGCUGAAACUGAAAAGGGAAUAUUUGAUGUCAUUUUGAAAGGAGAGAUUGACUUUAAAAGUGAACCAUGGCCGUUGAUAUCAGAUAGUGCCAAAGAUCUUGUCAGGAAAAUGCUGACACAGGACCCUAGGAAGCGAAUCACUUCUGCUCAAGUUCUUGAGCAUCCAUGGAUUAGAGAAGGUGGAGCAUCAGAUAAGCCAAUAGAUAGUGCAGUCCUCUCUAGAAUGAAGCAAUUCAGGGCGAUGAAUAAACUCAAAAAGCUUGCACUGAAGGUUAUUGCUGAAACUCUAUCUGAAGAGGAAAUUAAAGGUCUCAAAGUAAUGUUCACAAACAUGGAUACCGAUAAAAGUGGCACAAUAACUUAUGAAGAACUGAAGUCAGGUUUGGCUCGACUUGGGUCAAAAUUGUCUGAAGCUGAAGUCAAACAACUCAUGGAAGCUGCUGAUGUGGAUGGAAAUGGCACAAUUGACUAUAUUGAAUUUAUCUCGGCUACAAUGCAUAGAUACCGACUGGAAAGAGAUGAGCACCUCUUUAAAGCAUUUCAGUAUUUUGAUAAAGAUAGUAGCGGAUAUAUUACAAGGGAUGAACUAGAAACAGCAAUGAAGGAAUAUGGAAUUGGUGAUGAAGCCAGCAUCCGGGAAGUAAUUUCUGAGGUGGAUACAGAUAAUGAUGGAAGGAUCAACUAUGAGGAGUUCUGCACAAUGAUGAGAAGUGGGAUGCCACAGCCAGCAAAACUCUUUCAGUUCCAUUGCUAGGAGCUAAGUCCAGUAGGCAGCUGUGUAUUUCCUGACCAAGCGAGAUGUUUGAGCGAGUUAAUGUCACUGAAAAUAAGGUAUUCUCCCCUGCAGUAAUGAGUAGACCAUUGUGACAGUUUAUUUUCUUAAGAGUUCUUUAGCUAUCUUGAAUUUUCAACAUUUAUAAUCACAGCGGGAUCGGUUAGUAUCACUUGGAGCUGCAGAAGUAUUUGUGCAUAUAUCUAUUUUGUCGAAGAUUCACAUGUUCUACCCCAGUUUGAGCUGAUCCUUUUUGAUAAUUCUUAUUUCAGAUUGUAAUGUCCAUAGGAAUGAGUUAUGUACUUCUGUAUGAUGGAGGCUUUGCAAAGAUUAAAUAAGUUGAAUUACAGUCCCACUUUGUUCAA